AUCAUGGACAUCCAUGAUAUAUAUAAUGGGAGCUAUUGACUUGUUAAACCGAUCGAGAUUACGGAUUCCUUGAAUUAGCAAGUUGUUAUAGAUUUAUUAAAACGUGACCCCGUUUAUGCUUCUACUAGAACUAUGACUAGCUUGUGAUGAAUUAUUCAUGUUGACCUUAUGAAAACUUGAAACAAUAGAUGAUUGAUUACAGAAAAAUAGUGAGACAAGAAAUUAAAAGUGAGAAGAAAGGGGAGAUGAAAGUGAACAAGAAGAAAUGUUACAUAGAAGUGGUGUUGAUUAUGGUGUUGGGAAUGAUUAUAAUGCCGUCAUCAGCACAGUUCAUUAUAGGGGACAAAGCACCACCAUGCUGGGAUACCAUAGGAAGUUGCAUAGGAGAUAAUGUUAACCGGAGUGAAUCAGAGCCAAAGCUCAACCCAUCCAGUCCCAAGUUUAAUUUUAGCGAAUAUGCAUGUUGUACACUCAUCCAACAGACUGCUCAAACUCAAAAGCAAUGUUUCUGUUAUGUCGACACCUUUCUUCAUCAAAACCCCUCUUACCAAACCAACAUUACAAGUGUCUUCAAGUAUUGCAAGGUCGCUGAUUCUCUUACUUCUCUUUACACCUUCUGCCAAGAUCUAGAAGACUCAACUCCAACAGAUGUUCCUGUUUCUGCAACUCCUAGUACUACAGGAAAACUCAAACUGAUUAUUGCUGUCACUGUAACAUCAGCAACCAUCCUAGUUAUUGCUAUUGCUAUUGGUAUAGGCAUAGCCCUUAAGUGUAAGAAAGCCAAGAAGAAACCUAAAGAUGAAGCCCAUUCUCAAAGUGCUACAGAGGAUGUGCCACCUGCGCCUGCACCUGUACCUGCAGACGAUAAUAUUGUUACAGCUGAUUCCUUGUUGUACGAGUGGGAAGCACUUAAGGAUGCCACUAAAAGCUUCUCCAAUGAUAACAAGAUUGGUCAAGGGGGGUUCGGCAGUGUCUACAAGGGCACCUUAAAAAAUGGACAAGAAGUCGCCGUGAAAAGGCUAUCAAGCGGCUCUUGCCAAGGUGACAAAGAAUUUAAAAACGAGGUUGCAUUGGUAGCCAAGCUUCAACACAGAAAUUUAGUGAAGCUAGAAGGAUUUUGCUUGACAAAAGACGAGGAAAAGUUACUCGUUUAUGAGUUUGUGGUCAACAAAAGUCUUGACUUCUUCCUAUUUGAUUCUGAAAAACAAAUACUAUUGGAUUGGCCAAAGAGAUAUGACAUUAUAAAAGGAGUGGCUCGAGGAAUGCUCUACCUCCAUGAAGACUCUCCCAUCCGAAUCAUCCACCGUGAUCUCAAAGCAGCCAAUGUUUUGUUAGAUGAAGAGAUGCAUCCUAAAAUUGCAGACUUUGGCAUGGCUAGGAUCUUUGAUGAAAAAACCUAUUGCCAUACAAGCAGAGUUAUUGGGACUUAUGGUUAUAUGGCUCCGGAGUAUUUAAUCCACGGACAAUUCAAUGUAAAAUCAGACAUAUACAGCUUUGGCGUGCUAGUUUUGGAGAUUGUAAGUGGAAAAAGGAUAAGUGCCAUGACCUAUCAAUCCGGCGUUGCUGAAAACCUUCUAAGCUGUGGAUGGAAAUGUUGGAAAGAUGGAAGAUCAUGGGAGUUUAUGGAUCCAACACUAAGUGACACUUACUCGAAAGAUGAAAUCACAAAGUGCAUACAUCUCGGAUUAUUAUGUGUCCAAGAAGACAUGAGGAGAAGGCCUAGCAUGUCUACAAUAGCCCUUAUGCUCAACUCUAAUUUUGCUGUUGGUGCAUUGUCAACGCCUCAACCACCUGCUUUCAUGUAUUGUGGGAAUGCAGAUCAAUCAACUAUGAGUAACACAACUUCAGUACCAUGGUCUACUGGAACAUCAACCAAUGAGUCCAAUACUUUAUUAUGACAAGAUCAUCAAUAGGGAGCCAACUUAUAUUGAGAGGUUUGGGAAAAUGCUCAAAUUUUGAUUCCUAUGUUUGAUAUUUGUUGAAAGAGGUGUAAUUGAAUCAUGUACUCACAUAAUAGUGAUUAUGCAUGAGGUGGUAUUGAUGGCCUAGGGCCCUAGGACUUCAUAGUACCGAGUGUUUUUUAUAAUAGGUCAACACAUGAAUGACUCGCACAAUAUAAAAUUACAAAUUCUUUCUCAUUGUAGAUUCGUAAAGAUUUUCUAUUUUCCUACUUCGUAUUUCUUAAU